AUGGAUGAACAUAAACAAGGACAAAAACCUAUAAAUGUCGAUCUAAUAAAAAAUAGAGGAAAAGGUAUGGGUCUAUUUUCGGAUAAAAUUUUCGCAACACCAAUAAAAAAUCUUGUAUCAUUGUCCUCAUGGAAUAACACAAGUAAUGGUAGUAGUAGUAAUAGUAAUAAUGGUGGUAACAGCAGUAGUAAUAAUAGUAUAGAAACCGGAAGAGGAAAUGCAACAAAUGAUAUAAAUGAAAUUAUAGACAAUAAUGAUGAUGAUGAUGAUGGUGAUCAAACAAAAUUUUAUUCAUUAUCAAAUUCUCAAAACAUUACACAUUCAUCAAUAAAAUAUAAUACAGCAAUGAACUAUUAUAAUUAUUUCAAUAAUAGCAAUAAUAGUAAAUGCAAUCAUCAUAGUUCUUUAUAUUUAUCUUGUAUAUCGUCUAGUCGUACACCACCUUCUCCAUCACCACCAUCACCUCAACAAUUCUUAUCAUCUCAGCAACAAUCAGAACAUCAGCAAAAACAGAAACAAAGGCAUCAACUAUCACCAUUACCAUUACGUAAUAUACUGCCAUCAUAUUAUAAUGGUAUACAAACAGUAAAUGAAAAAUCUCUUUCACCAUUAUCUACAACUUCAACAACAUUAUCAACGUCAAUGUCAUUGUCUUUAAAACCGUCACCACCGCCGCCGCCGCCGCCACCACUACCACCACCACCAUCACUACUACUGUCAUCAACAUCAUUAUCUUCUGAUUUAAUUCAUUGUUACUCUAUCAACAAUAAUAGUAAGAAAUGUAAGAGUACAAGUUUUAAUAGUUUUGAUUGUUAUAAUAACAUUUCACAAAAAUAUAAAAACAAUGGAAUAAAAACAACAUCAAUGACAGCAAUAGCAUCAAAAAAUCCAACAUCAUCAUCGACAUCAAAUUAUAAUAAAAUGCAACAACAAAAUCAAGCAGCUGCAUUGAAAAUCAAAUCUAUACGACGUACUUUAAAUAAAGAUGAUGAUGUAUCUGGACAUAAUAGACAAAAAUCAUUAAAAGCAGUUUUAACAGAAUUACAAACAUCAUUGGCUUUAGCUAAAAAUGAUAUAAAUUAUAAAGAUAAUUUAAUAUCAACAGUAAAAAGGCCAACAACAAUUAGUAUACCAUCUGAUAUGAAAAUAACACCAACAGUAAUUACAAUGCCUUUUUUAUUUAAUAGUAAAGAAGUUUUAAGUACAACAACAGCUUCUAAACAUAAUUAUAAUUGUGAUAAUAGUAAUGGUCAUCACAAUGUUGAAUUUAGCGUUAAAGCUAAAAUAGGAGAAUAA